ACCUCCAUGGUUCUCUCAAAUCGUGAAAAGGAGAACUGAGGCCUAAUCAGGUUGUGUUUCCUGAUUGGUCAGAAGUACUUUAGGCAAGUCUAGCGUGUGUCAUUUAUAUUAUACACGCAGUUUGCUGCGCGCGCACAUUACACUGGCUACUGCUCAGCUAGCUUUUUUGGUUCAUCGAUCGAUCGUGUGGGGCUGCUGAAUUUACGGUGCUUGACUGAAGGUUGAUUGAUGUUGAUGUUUCCUUUCUGUCUUUUAUCUUAAUAGCAGAAUUUGGCCUGUUGGUUGACCAAGAAAAUGUUUCCUUUGCUAUCAAUAACUCCAAAUGCUGUUGAUUUAACCUGCUUUGAGUCGCUAGCAGAUGAAGAUGAUGAACACUUAGAAAGAAUCUUUCAUCAACAUCAUUCUACAAUCAAUCAGUAUUAUGUUGAGGAAUACAUAAAUGAUGAUUCACUAGUGCCUGAUCUUCUAAGUCAAGAACACUACCAUGAAAUGAUUCCAGUACUCAAAUCUAUCUAUGAUGGCCCGCUCCAAGAUUUGUUUAAUGAUGGAAGUGAGGAGGAGGUGGAAGAGCAGAAAUAUAAACAGUCAAAUAUAGCAAUCGAAACUCAAGCGUCAGGACAAUUACGUCACCAGCUUGAUGCAGCAGUAACACUGUACAACGUGGAUCAACAACCAAUGUCCAAGACUGAUAAUUCUGGUGAUCAUUCAUUCUGGAGAGCAAAUUAUAAUUCAGAUGUUCUCUUAUUGGAUCUUCUUGAAGGAAAUUCUGGUUCCAUCGGUGGUGAUGAUGAGAGGAUGGUACCUGAAGUGGAGGUUGAACACUAUAAUAUUACCAGGUGUACAGCCAGUUCAGAGGAACAGUUAGUACCAGAUUGGUAUUUUCAAAGUGAGGAAUAAAUAUCACACAUUUACAGAAUUGCUAACAAGUGCUACUGUAAUAUUAUAUAAUACAAUGAUGCUUUAAUGUAAUUACUGCAAGGUAUUUAGAUUUUCAUCAUUUGUUGCCUCAAAAGGCAAAUACUGUACCAACAACCAAAAAAAACACAGGGAAAGAGAAAAUGUUUUGUUUUUUGUACUAUUCAAUUGUGGAUUGGUUAUCACAAUAUGAUGUUAUGGGGUGGGACUACUCCAGCAAGUUUUUGAUCUUGCAAGUUGGAGAACAGUCACUGGCUAAACUUGCUAUCAAAUUUUAUGUGCCAAAUAACUUUUGUAUGUCCGUACUUGAGUUUAAUAUGAAAUCAUCAUGCCUUUAUAUGGGCACAUCACACAAAUUUGUCACAUGAAAUUUGAUAGUGUGACAGAGCUUAAAAAAUGAAAAGAAAGAAGUUCACUAAUCAUAUUUUUGGAUGAUGUCAAUUCAGUAUUUACUUUUUGAAAUGUUCCAGUGUUAUUGAUAUUUUCACACGAAUAGUGAGUAUAAAAAUAAGCUAGAAAGUAUGUAAUGACAUUGAUUCCCAAAGUUGUUACUUUGAUAAUUAAAUAUCUGUGGAGAAAAUAAUAAAGACAUGGACUCUAUAGGAACAAGUACAUUAUAUUCAGAGUUGUUCUAUUAAUGUUAAUUUAUUAAAUUGUGACAUAGGCCUAUUUAUUGAUACAGUAUAUAUUUAGAAAAUGCAAAAUGUCUGAUCUGCUAUAAAAGUUAUAUGAAGCUAGAAGGAUGUAAUUACAGUAUAUGAUUUCUAAGUUGUUACUUUCAGAAUUUCAUGUAUUUGUUGUUUUUUUUUUAUCGUUGAUGUAGUGUAAAUAAAUAUGUGUGGCAAUAUAUUUAUUGAUGAAAUGUAACUUGGUUAUGUACACAAAAAAGAUUUUAUAUUAGUUAUAUAUUGGAAAUUGUUUGUACUUUUAUUUGUAUUGUGGACAUGAUAUUUAUUGAUAAAAUAUAUAUUUAAAACCAAAUAUUUAAAAACUCAGUAGCUUUGCCAAAGUAGGCAUACUUGAUUUAUAAUUGCUUAACUUGACAUAAGAAAUCCAAACUGUAUUAUUUAAUGUUUUGUAUGUAAGCUGUUUCAGAAUUCAUAUUUGGAUUAUUAAAAUAUUGUAAAAGCA